AUGGCAGACACAACUAUUUCGUUCCCCUCGAAGCCACGCAUCUUCAUUCUGACUGACAUCACUAAUGAGCCCGACGAUGCGGAAUCCUUCUGUCGAUACUUGACCUAUGCCAAUCAGUUUCGAACUGAAGGAAUCGUGGCAGUAACUUCAGUAUGGCUCAGAAACAAAGUGGCGCCAGAGAAUCUGCACGAGAUUAUCGAUGCGUAUGAGAAAGUUGUAGAUAAUCUGAAUGCUCAUGUUCAUUCUCAGUCUCUGUAUCCCUCCGCAGAAUACAUCAGGAGCAUUGUUCGUUCAGGGCCUCCGGUAUAUGGAAUGGCUGCAGUUGGUGACGACAUCCCGCUGAGUGAUGGCGCUCAAUUACUUCUAGAACGGCUGUUAGCAAAAGACAGUGAUCCACUUUGGGUCUUGGUUUGGGGAGGCGGCAAUGUCCUUGCUCAAGUUUUGAAUCAUAUACGCAAUCGAGAUGAUGCUGGUCAGCUUCGAACAAAACUUCGUGUGUAUGCUAUCUCGGAUCAAGACGAUACCGGAGCCUGGAUGAGGCGACUGUGGCCUGACAUCUUUUAUAUAUGCUCUGUGCAUGGAUGGAAUCAAUACAGCCAAGCAACAUGGACGGGCAUAUCUGGAGAUACACCUGGCGAGCAAGGGGGCCCCGAUACUUCAAAGAUAACCAAGGAGUGGAUAAAAGAGCACAUUCAAGUCGGUCCUCUAGGAGCGGCAUACCCAGACUACAUGUACAUUGUCGAGGGGGAUACACCUACGUUUCUUUACAUGAUACAAAAUGGCCUGGGUUUUCCUGAGCAUCCAUCUUACGGCUCCUGGGGAGGUCGUUAUCUUCCCGUCGAUCUUACUUUUCCAAGAGGGCAUUUUGGUGACACUGCCGAUGAGGUUGUUGGAAAGAAUGGUCAGACAUACAUAUCAAAUCGCGCAACAAUUUGGCGCUGGAGGAAUGUCUUUCAAGAAGAUUUUGCUGCUCGGAUGCAGUGGACUUUGACCAACGAUUUUACCAAAGCUAAUCAUCAUCCUAUCAUUUCUGUUAACGGAAAUAAAGGGCUGGCUCCAAUUUAUGUUGAAGCCGACGCUGGCUCUUCGCUUAUUUUUGAUGCAUCCGAGACCUUUGAUCCCGAUGGAGACAGUUUAUCCUUCAAAUGGUUCCAGUAUCGCGAGCCAAGCGCUACUCGAACGUACCAUAGUUGGGAGGUACCUAAGAUGGAGAUCAAAGUGCUCGAUUCGAUUGGAAAGAAGGUGGAAAUAAUAGUGUCAAAACCUGAUGGACCCGGCCUUGGGGCAACCUCUGUCCCUGAUCGUGGUGAAUUUCUUCAUCUCAUCCUUGAAGUUCAAGACAGCGGGUCACCUCCGUUGACUAGCUACCGUAGGAUCCUCAUCACACCUCUCAAUAAUGUAUAG